AUGAUGGCGCUGACAGCCGGGAUAGGCGGCGGACUUGUCUCCGGCGCCGUCGUUCAGUUCAUCUUCGGGGACUCCCUCAUCGACGUCGGGAACAACAACUACCUCAGCAAGAGCCUCGCUAGGGCGACGCUGCCCUGGUACGGCAUCGACUUCGGCAAUGGCCUUCCCAACGGGAGAUUCAGCAACGGCCGCACAGUCUCUGAUAUCGUCGGUAGGUCAGCGGCUUCUUCUUCUUCCUCCGGCGAGAUCUUCGGUCGGUUAACCUAACGGGCGGCGGCGAGUUGCAGGGGACAUGAUGGGCCUCCCGCGGCCGCCGGCGUUCCUCGACCCCGCCGUCAACGAGGACGUCAUACUGGCCAGCGGGUUGAACUACGCUUCCGGCGGUGCUGGCAUCCUCAAUGAGACAUCCUCAUUUUUCGUACCUUCAAAACCCUAAGAAGCUCCCUCAUCUUUUCUCCUUUUUCCUCUCGCUUACUCUCUCCCUCUGUGUUGUGCAGAUCCAGAGAUUGUCUCUGUACAAGCAGAUCGAGCUGUUUCAGGGGACGCAGACGAUCAUCGGGAGGAAGAUCGGCGGCGAGGCGGCGCAGAAGUUCUUCAAGGAAGCACGAUAUGUUGUCUCGCUGGGGAGCAACGACUUCAUCAAUAAUUUCCUGAUGCCGUUCGGAUUUCUUGAUAGGUCAUCCUUACGUAGAGCUUGCUGUGGGAAGCUGAGUUCAUGA